AUGAGUGAACAGCUGCAGACAUUCAAGACUGCCUCACCCUGUCAAGAUGUCAAACAGCUGACUAAUGGAGUGACCAUGGCACAAGUUCUUCAUCAAAUUGAUGUAGCCUGGUUCAGUGAAUCUUGGUUAAGCCGAAUUAAAGAUGAUGUUGGAGACAACUGGAGAAUAAAGGCAAGUAACUUAAAGAAGGUCCUCCAUGGAAUUACAAGUUAUUAUCAUGAGUUUUUAGGGCAGCAGAUUUCUGAAGAACUUAUCCCUGAUUUAAACCAAAUAACUGAAUGUUCAGACCCCGUGGAACUUGGGAGGUUGCUUCAGCUUAUUUUAGGUUGUGCAGUCAAUUGUGAAAGGAAGCAAGAGCAUAUUAAAACUAUAAUGACCCUGGAAGAAUCUGUUCAGCAUGUGGUCAUGACUGCAAUUCAGGAGUUGAUGAGUAAAGAAAUAGUGAGCUCUCCUGCAGGUGACACAGUUGGAGAAUUAGAGCAGCAGCUUAAAAGGGCUUUAGAAGAGCUUCAGGAAGCCGUAGCAGAGAAGGAAGAGCUGAAGCAAAGGUGCCAGGAACUGGAUAUGCAGGUGACAGCACUUCAAGAUGAGAAGAAUUCAUUGGUCUCUGAGAAUGAGAUGAUGAAUGAAAAGCUUGAUCAGUUGGAUGGCUCUUUUGAUGAUCCAAAUACAAUGGUUGCGAAAAAGUAUUUUCACGCACAGUUACAACUAGAACAAUUACAAGAAGAAAACUACAGGCUUGAAGCUGCAAAAGAUGAUUACCGUGUUCACUGUGAGGAGCUUGAAAAGCAGCUGAUUGAGUUUCAGCACAGGAACGAUGAGCUGACAAGUCUUGCUGAGGAAACCAGAGCCCUGAAAGAUGAGAUAGAUGUUCUUAGGACUACCUCAGACAAAGCAAAUAAACUGGAGUCGACAGUGGAGGUUUAUCGCCAGAAGCUACAAGAUCUAAAUGAUCUCCGAAAGCAGGUGAAAUCUUUACAGGAGACAAAUAUGAUGUAUAUGCACAACACUGUGAGCUUGGAAGAGGAGCUGAAGAAAGCCAACGCAGUUCGUGCACAGCUAGAGACCUACAAGCGCCAGGUUCAGGACCUUCACACUAAGCUUUCCUCUGAGUCUAAAAGGGCAGAUAUACUAGCAUUUGAGAUGAAGAGGCUUGAAGAAAAGCACGAAGCUUUACUCAAGGAAAAAGAGCGACUGAUAGAACAGCGUGACACUCUGAAAGAGACAAAUGAGGAGCUACGGUGCUCACAAGCACAGCAAGAUCACCUAAACCAAGCUGAUGCAUCUGCUACAAAAAGUUAUGAGAACCUUGCUGCUGAGAUCAUGCCUGUGGAAUACAGAGAGGUGUUCAUUCGACUGCAGCAUGAAAACAAAAUGCUUCGCCUGCAGCAGGAAGGGACAGAAAAUGAACGAAUUGAGCAGCUGCAGGAGCAGCUGGAGCAGAAGCACCGCAAGAUGAAUGAGCUGGAAACUGAGCAAAGGUUGAGCAAAGAGCGCAUCAGAGAAUUGCAGCAGCAAAUUGAGGAUCUCCAGAAGUCGUUACAAGAUCAGGGCUCCAAGACUGAAGGCGAAACCUCCAGCAAACUAAAGCAGAAGUUGGAAGCUCAUAUGGAAAAACUAACAGAAGUCCAUGAAGAAUUACAGAAGAAACAGGAGCUCAUUGAAGACCUUCAGCCAGAUAUAAGUCAGAACGUCCAAAAGAUCAGUGAACUUGAAGCUGCUCUUCAGAAGAAAGAUGAAGACAUGAAAGCAAUGGAGGAGAGAUAUAAAAUGUACUUAGAGAAAGCUAGAAAUGUAAUAAAAACGUUAGAUCCCAAAUUAAAUCCAGCAUCAGCCGAAAUAAUGUUACUCAGAAAGCAGCUGGCAGAGAAGGAGAGAAGAAUUGAGAUUCUAGAGAGUGAAUGUAAAGUAGCAAAAUUCCGUGAUUAUGAGGAAAAACUCAUCGUUUCUGCCUGGUAUAACAAGAGCCUUGCGUUUCAGAAACUGGGCAUGGAAUCUCGGCUUGUAAGUGGCACUGGUGCUUGCAAAGACACCGGUUCAGGUCCUCCUGCUCGGUCAUUCUUAGCCCAGCAGCGCCACAUCACCAACACCCGCCGAAACCUCUCUGUCAAGGUCCCAGCUGCAGCAUCUGACUAGUCUGCAAAGCAAACAUGAACAGAAGUGCCUCAAAAGGUUUUGUACCCCCAAGAAACUACCAGAUGGAAAACAAAGGUUAAGAUGCUUGGUAGCAGCUAGUUUUGUUUGGAUUUUGUUUUGAUAUAGGGUCUCCUAUACCCCAAACUGGCAUUGAAUUUACAGUGUAUUCAAGGAUGACCUUGAAUAUCUCAUCAGUCCUUCCCUCACUUCCUGCAUGCUGGGAUUAAUAGUUGUGUACCACCAUAUUGGGUUUAUAUUGUGCUGGGGAUCAAAACCUGGCACAUAAGUCAAACCGUCUACCAACUGAACUACAUUCCCAACCUUGGUAUCAAAAUGUAUCAAAUUAACAUUCAAGUUUGCUCUGAAAACAAAAUACAGAAUCAGCUGUGUCCCUGGGCAGCACUUUUGAGUAGUAGGAAGUGUGAUAAAGCAAAUAUUUGUCUUGAGAUGGUAUCAUGUAUGGGGAAGUAACUGCAUAUUCCAGCUUUAUGCUUUUGCUUGUGACAGCAAGUUAAUUAGUUUGCAAAAAGUAAUAGUUUAUAAUUUAGUAUUAUAUCUAGAUUUGCUUUAUGGGAAACAGUCUCCAGUAAGGCAUGUAGAAAACAACUGUGCAAGGUAAUCUCUUUGGCCUGGUGUGUACAGAGCUUUCCUCUACCAGCUAGUUCUGCCCUCAGGAGGAUACUUUGUCAUGUUGUGGAAGCUAUGAUUCUCGAAAGACUUUACUGUUGGAGUGACUUUGUCCUGUAAAAGGGACUGAUUGGACAUUUGCAGUUUCUCUGAGUUGCAUUUCAGUUGGUAUUUGUACUGCUGUAAAUGAAGACUUUGGAGGGCUUGACUGAAAUGUUAAGGUGGGAAAUAAACUAGUAUUUGUAAGAGGUACCUUUCUGUUGGUGGAAAGCAAACUAGAAGGAUACAUGUUGAAGUAUCCACAUGCCUUUAAGCAUGAAAUUGUGGUGGCCUUUGCUUUCUAAGAAGGGGUAUAUAUCAUGUAUAAUUUUGCCCCAUUAUUGAAAAAAAAUAAUGAUGAAACAGCUUAGGACCAGUUCUGUUUCUGCUUACCUCUAAGAAGUUUCUAGAGCUGGAUUGUGGCAUUUCGUUCAUUUCUGCCUGGCAUUACUCUUUUCAGAGAUGUUACUUUCUAAUUUGGGUCACUUUUUAAAGUCACAACUUUGGAAUAUUAGUCGUUAAAUCAGUAUUGCUUGAUGUAGCCACAAGUGUUUCAUUCUUGUGUCAUUGUUAGUAGCCAUGUUUCCAUCAUUGUUAAGAGUUCUGUUAUGCAGUGUGUCAGAGUAAAUCUUGUGUUUUUGGUAACUUGGAAAAACUCUUUGAUCCUUAGACUACAGAAGUAUGAAGUGUUGUAUUCAUGCAGCAAACACAAAUAUUGCAGCACUGUGUAUACCCUGAGCGUUAGCAGGCAUUCUGUGAGUGUGCGUGCUUGUGGCCUGCAUGGUCCUUGUUGGAUCAACUCCUCAUCUCUCCCCUUACAGCAUGAAAGAAGGGAUGCUAAUAUGUAAACAAAAUUGGUGUAAGCCAGAUUGAGCCAGCAGGCUAUAGAGCUGUGGUCUACAUUUUAUUCUUAGUCCUUCAUAAAUAUGAGUAUUGUUCUAUUUGAAGUGUUAACUCAAGUAGAUAACUGCAAAUCCUUGCACAGUAAUUAGUUAACCACUUAAAAAUACAAGAAUUUCACGGUGAUUGGAGUCUUUGAGAUUAGUGGCAUCUGCCGGGAUAUUUUGUUUUAUCAGGGUUUCUUCUGUUGACUACCUCUUAGAUUUUGAUGCUUUGUGCAUUUACACUGUUGGUUUGCAUUUUUGUAUGUUCUUAUGGUGUUUGCUUGCCUGUGUCUUUUAGUGAAAUAAGCUUUGAAAAUACUUCAGCAUGCUAUUUAAAAUUUUCUAAAAAUUGUAGCAUUUGGGUAUAUUUUUGUUAAUGAAGAUAAUGAUGUUAGUGUUUGUAUUUGCUUAUAAUUAAGAUUUUACAAGUUUCGCUUUUCAUGGAACUUACUGUAAAAGAUAACUUCAAUAAAUUAUUGUUUCCAGUGCAAUUGCUCAUAAAUUUCUAAAUAAUUAAUGUAAGGACAUAAGGAUAGGUUCUUUUUUUCUUAAUAAAGAAAAGGCAAAUUUUCCGAUUUUCUAGUUUUAAGUAGAGUUUCAACUGUUUGAUAACGUGUUUAUAUAAAACUAUGUAAAGUUCUAUAUGAUCGAGACUAAUCAGAGAAGUUCAGGCAGUGAUCAAGGCAAGAUUCUUUCCAUGCAUUGUUUAUGCAGUGAGACCAGCGCCCUACCAGGUAUAAAACAUAUGAAUUUCAGCUGGAACAGUAAUUUUUACAAAUGUGUUGCAAGGGAGAAUUGAAUGCACAAACAUGGAAUUGACAAAAAUUUUAUGUUCCAGUGAUUAUAAUGUUAGAAACAAUCUUGAAUUUCAAGCAAUUGUCCUUGGAUUGAUAUUCCUUUUUCUUUUGGGAUAUAAUUAUGACAAAUUGCUUAUCUUGGGAUUAACUUAAUGAAUUGAGAAAUAUUUGAAGUUUAUUAUAUUUUUUUUCAAUAUUAAGACUAAUGAUUUAGUGUGAGUUAAAAAUGUCUUGCCUAGCAUCCUUUAGCUAAAUAUCCCUUAGUAAGAUGUGGUCAGUCAUUGAUGACUGGAUGUUUAGCACUUCACAAACACACCUACUUCUGUGUAAUGGUAUACAUCUGGCCUUUGGCAGUGAUGGUGGCAGUGAUAGAGCAGGGCAGUGUCAUUUUGUGUAAAAAUGAAUGUAUAUGGCGUGUUAUACAUACAUUCUUACUAUGAUCCUGUUUGUUGCACAGAAAUAGUUUGGACAUUUGUAAAGCACAAAUCAUCAGAGGAAAUAGUGUGGUAGUUAUGAACUUGAGGAAGCUUCAGUGCAGUGUUUAGUUUAUUAAAAAGGUCCUUUCUAUUUUCUAUGGCAAAUACUGUCACACUUGAAAAAUAGAAGCAAUACUUGAUUUAUUUUUGUAAGUAUUUAGAAUAUUAUUUUAAAUAAAUAAUUGUCAAUAUAAUUGUGAAAUGUUUUAAGUAAAUAAAAUUCUGCUUCUGUA